UAAAAAAAGUAAACAAACGCGUGUAACAGUUCAUAUUAUUCCAAAUCUAUAGAUUAUUAAGAUUCACAAAAAGGAUAGAGCCGUGAUCAACAAUUUUCAAUUCGUGUAAUAAUUGUGAAUGAAUAAACCAGGGAAAUAAUUUUAAAAUGAAUAAAUUAACUCAAUGGUUAGUCGGGUUAAACAUAGCGUGUGCUUUAUGGUUAAGCUUACUUUUGAAUAAAAACUCAAAAAUAGUAAAUGACUACUAUUUCAUAAUUCAAUUUCUACCGAUAAUCGUUAUAGGGCUAUUUGGUAUAUACUCAGUAAUCGUUGUGUUAUAUCGAGUCGCCACUUUCAACAACUGCAAUUCCGCAGCCAUGGAUUUGCAAGGGGAAAUAAAAGAAGCAAAAAUUGCUCUUCAACAAAAAGGCUUUAAAUUCGAUUAACGUUUAUUUACUAUAUUUACUUGUAACAGUCCAAAGAAACAACAUUCCAUAAAAACGUGGUAUAACAUUUUGAUUACAAACGUAUGUUUAAGUAUCUUUUUAAUCUCUGAAAUAAAAACAAUUUAUUUGUAAAAUUAUAUAUCAAACAAUAAAAAAUGUAUAAUAUAUGUUGUG